AUGGUCAAGUGCUAUAUGAGCCAAAAGUUCCUCUCAAUCUCAUCUCGCCGCUCUGGUCACGCCGAAGCUCAACCUCGCUGUCCCGCAGAGCUCCAACUGUCGCAACCAUGGCAGCCGUCUCUACAGCUGGCAUUCCUGCCAAUUCCACAGUAUACGUGCGCAUCCUGUCCCUCCCCUGCUAUCAGCAAUCCGGUCAAGAAUCUAGAUGAGAGAAUCAAACUCGAGCAGUUGAAGGAGGCUUUGGAGGAGAUUUUCUCGGAAUAUGGCACCAUUCUCGAGAUCAUCGCAAAGAGGAAUCUCAAGGCAAAGGGCCAGGCCUUUGUCGUCUUUGACAACGUCGACUCCGCUACCCGCGCUAUCGAGGAAAUCAAUGGCUUCGAUAUCUUCGACAAGCCUAUGGUCUUGGACUACGCAAAGACAAGAAGUGAUGCGACGGUCCAGCGCGAAAGCGGCGUCGACGAGCUAGAGGCUCACAAGCGGAGGCGCAUGGCCGAGAAAGAGCGGAAACAAGCCCAAGAAGCACUCGAAGCGCAGAAGAAACUCAAGCGUCCCGCCGCCGCCGCCGAAUCCACACGCCCAGCCAAGACAACCAAGGGAGCCGGUCUCAAGCCGACCUCUGGUGCCACAACCGCAGUCGUUCCAGACGAGUACCUACCCCCCAACAAGAUUCUUUUCCUGCGGGAGUUGCCCGACGAGGCAAGCGAGGAGGGUCUGUCUGCUAUCUUUGGCCGCUUCGAAGGAUUCCAGGAAGUCAGAUUGGUGCCUGGCCGAAAGGGAAUUGCGUUUGUCGAGUACCAGGACGAGGCUGGAGCAAUCAGCGCGAAGGAAGCUACAUCUGGCAUGCCUAUGGGUGAACAGGGCAAGCCGAUUCGCGUCACCUACCAGCGCCAGUAG